AUGCCCCAUCCAAAUCCCCACGAACAAAUACAAGUUGAUUCUCACCAAGUUCUCCACCAGACAAGUGACGAUGAAUCCCUCUGCGACAACGAAACCAUCGUGGACUCCAACCUCUCCUUCGCCUCCUCCGUCCGUGACUACUGCUACGAAAACGGUCGCCGCUACCACGCCUACCGACAUGGCCAAUAUCCAGUCCCAAACGACCAAGAAGAACAAGAUCGCCUCGGUCUAGUGCACCACCUCUUCAAAUUAAUCACCGGAGGCGACCUCUACCGCGCCCCAAUCCAACCCCGCGAGGACCGCCCCACUCCACCCCCGCGCCGUAUCCUCGAUAUAGGCACUGGAACCGCCGAAUGGGCUCUCGAGGUCGCAGAAGAUUUUCCCAACGCAGAAAUCAUCGGUACGGACCUCAGUCCCAUCCAGCCGAGCUGGGCACCGCCGAAUUGUCGCUUCUUUAUUGAUGAUGCUGAGAGCGAUUGGGCGUACACCCCCGCAGAGGCGUUUGAUUAUAUUCAUAUGCGGAGUAUGGGUGGUGGGAUUGGGGAUUGGUCGCGAUUACUGAAGCAGGCGUACCAGCAUGUGCGGCCUGGUGGGUGGGUGGAGGUGCAGGAGUUUGAGGCCAUGUUGACGUCGGAUGAUGGGACGCACCUUCUUGCGCCUACGGUGGUUGAUUGGAUUGACAAGUUGAAUGGGGCGAGUAGGAAGUUUGGAAAACCAAUGAAUGUCGGUCCACGGGUUCAGUCUUGGAUGGAGAGUGGGGGAUUUGUCAACGUGACGGAUGACAUAUUCAAGUGUCCCAUUGGGGGAUGGGCUAAGAAUCGCCCGCUUAAGGAGAUAGGUCGCCUUGGGAAAGUUCUUGUUUUGAGAAUUGUGGAGCCGUAUAGUCUUGCCUUGUUUACUAGGGUGCUGGGCCUCUCGUUUCAAGAGGUACAGGUCUAUAUGGAAAAAGUGUGCACCGAAUUGAUGAACUCCAAUCUUCAUCUAUACUUCUUCUUUCAUUUUGUUUAUGGGCAGCGGCCCAUGGAGACGAAUGAUCAGAUUUCGAAAUGA